CUCCAGGAGUAUUCGACAGGUGAACGACACGAGACUGAAGCCACACCUGAAGACAUGAAGACUGCACUCAAGAUGCUCCUGUCCUUGGCCUUAACUGUGGCUCUGUCCAUCAACACAGCUGCUGGACUCUCUUGCCUUACUUGUACAAACCAAACCGACUUGAACUGUGCGUCUACAGUUUCUGUUGCCUGCAUCAACGGAGAAACCCUGUGUGUCUCUGCCAUCAUUACAGCGACCUCAUCCGGCGGUUCGUCCACUCAGAAAAUAAAGGGCUGUGCUAACCCCAAUAUCUGUCCAGCUUCAGGGCCCCAGGACUUUUCACUGAACGUCGGUUCUGCUAGUGUUCUGGCCAGAGCUGUAUGUUGUAAUAAUGCAAACAACUGUAACUCUGGUACCCCUUCCACUCCGGUGCCCACUGCUGGCUCUCUGCAGUGCUACAGGUGUAACCCAUUGACAGGUCCAUGCAACACACCAGUAACGUGUAACUCUCUGGAGACCAGCUGCUUCUCAUCCACAGUGAUUCCUUCAGGUAGCUCCACCUCAAUCCCAGCUCAUGGAUGUGCCUCUGGUAAUCUGUGUCUGUUGUCUGCUGCUUAUUUAUCCUCCUCCCCUCUGGUGGCGAGCAUCGGCUCUGUCCAAGGAAACCCCACCUGCUGCAGCACAACUAACUGCAACACCCUGACUACUACUGCAGUACCAACUACUACUACUACUACUACUACUACUACUACUACUACUACUACAUCACCAACUACUACUACUACUACUGCCUCCUCAGCUGCGUCUUUGGUGAGAUUGAGCUUGGUCCAUUUUCUUCUGGGACUCAUCCUGAUGCUUCUGUUUUAACUGAAACACAAAUGUGUUGAAGUUGUUGUGUUUUACAGUUUGUAUUAUUCUUUACACAUGUAUUUAAGAAACUUAUAAAUCUGACUAUUAAUUCUGUGUAAAUUGUAUUCACACCUUUUGAUGUUCAGACGUGAGUUUCAGAUCUUGUUUAUUAUUCCACAUGUUAAAAAACACUUUUCAGUGAAGUCUCAGAGACGCCUCUGAGUCUGAGAUAAAAAAGUAUUCGUGUUAUUUAUUCUUCUGUAUUGCUUCAUAUUUGUACAUGUGAUAAUAAAUAUUUAUUUCAACAAAGAA